GAGGGAGGAAGGGGCCCCGGCGGCCGGCAGCGGGCGGGAUCCUGCGAGGCGCGUGAAGCCUCGCUGGCGCCUCGUCCGGGACCCCGGCGCUGGCGGGCGCGGAGUUUCUCACGACUAGCCGAGCCCGCCUCUGCUGACUACAUUUCAGAAAGCAUCAACUUUUCUCAAUGGGCCCAUUCAUCAAAUGAACAUUUAAAAUCUUUGGACUUCAUCAUAGAAAAAUUUAUAUCCCAAAAUGAAAAUGAGAACAUUCAAGGUGAUUUAAGAUAUGGACAUUUGAGAAGGUGUCCCAUCAAAUCAGUGAACUAAAGAAUAAGAACUAAAUAGAUUAAUCUUAUAUGCUUAUUAUUUUUAAAACCAAGAGAAUUUCAUCUUGAGAGAAAAGCAACUUUUACUGAAUAUGUAUUUUAUGAAAAUAAAGGAGAGAGACAAGAACGGAAUUAGAAGAAAAUAGAUGAAGAUGCUUAGUAAAUAAGCAGUCAACUCGUUCCUGAUUAAGAUAACUCAGUGAUGUUAAAUCCUUUCAAAAUCUUGAUUGUGGUCCUAAACACAAGGCUCUUUUUUGAUGGGACUCUUUUUAUUAAGGGAAAUAGGAGCUCUUGUGUAUCCAGCUCAUAGUUGUAGAACUUACAGUCGUUGGCAUGACAGAUUUAAAAGAGGAAGUAAAGAAGCUUUUAACUAUUUCCAAAAGUGCAGUCACUUUUUUAUCACUGUGAUUUUAAAAGCUUCUUCAUAACCAUUUUUAAAAAAUUUAUAACUAUUUUAAAAGAUUAAAGAAAGGCAGAUGUCCGCAAACAAUUCCCCUCCAUCAGCCCAGAAGUCUGUGUUACCUGCAACUCUUCCUGCUGUGCUUCCAACUCCUUCUCCAUGUUCAAGUCCUAAGACUGGACUCUCUGCCCGACUGUCCAAUGGAAGCUUCAGUGCACAGUCACUCACCAACUCCAGGGGCUCAGUGCACACAAUUUCAUUUCUGCUGCAAAUUGGCCUUACGCGGGAGAACGUUACCAUUGAAGCCCAGGAACUGUCUUUAUCUGCUGUCAAGGAUCUUGUGUGCUCCGUUGUUUAUCAGAAGUUUCCAGAGUGUGGAUUUUUUGGCAUGUAUGAUAAAAUUCUUCUCUUCCGCCAUGACAUGAACUCAGAAAAUAUUUUGCAGCUGAUUACCUCAGCAGAGGAAAUACAUGAAGGAGACCUAGUGGAAGUUGUUCUUUCGGCUUUGGCCACAGUAGAAGACUUCCAGAUUCGUCCACAUACCCUCUAUGUGCAUUCUUACAAAGCUCCUACUUUUUGUGACUAUUGUGGUGAGAUGCUUUGGGGACUGGUACGUCAGGGACUGAAAUGUGAAGGCUGUGGAUUAAAUUAUCAUAAACGAUGUGCCUUCAAGAUUCCAAAUAAUUGUAGUGGAGUAAGAAAGAGACGUCUAUCAAAUGUAUCGCUGCCAGGACCUGGCCUCUCAGUUCCAAGACCCCUACAGACUGAAUGUGCAGUCCCUUCCAGUGAGGAGUCACAUGUUCAUCAAGAACCAAGUAAGAGAAUUCCUUCUUGGAGUGGUCGCCCAAUCUGGAUGGAAAAGAUGGUGAUGUGCAGAGUGAAAGUUCCACACACAUUUGCUGUUCACUCUUAUACCCGUCCCACAAUCUGUCAAUACUGCAAGCGGUUACUGAAAGGCCUCUUCCGUCAAGGAAUGCAGUGUAAAGAUUGCAAAUUCAACUGCCAUAAACGCUGUGCAUCUAAAGUACCAAGAGACUGCCUUGGAGAGGUUACUUUCAAUGGAGAACCUUCCAGUCUGGGAACAGAUACGGACACACCGAUGGACAUUGACAGUAGUGAUAUAAACAGUGAUGGUAGUCGGGGCUUGGAUGACACAGAAGAGCCAUCUCCUCCAGAAGAUAAAAUGUUCUUCCUAGAUCCAUCUGAUCUUGACAUAGAAAAAGAUGAAGAAGCUGUUAAAACAAUCAGUCCAUCAACAAGCAAUAAUAUCCCGCUAAUGAGGGUUGUACAAUCCAUCAAGCACACAAAGAGAAAGAGCAGCACAAUGGUGAAGGAAGGCUGGAUGGUGCAUUACACCAGCAGGGAUAACCUGAGGAAGAGGCAUUACUGGAGACUUGACAGCAAAUGUCUGACAUUGUUUCAAAAUGAAUCUGGAUCAAAGUAUUAUAAGGAAAUCCCACUUUCAGAAAUUCUCCGUGUAUCUUCACCGCAUGACUUCACCAACAUUUCCCAAGGCAGCAACCCGCACUGUUUUGAGAUCAUCACUGAUACUAUGGUAUACUUUGUGGGUGAGAACAAUGGCGACAGCUCUCACAAUCCAGUUCUUGCUGCCACUGGAGUUGGACUUGAUGUAGCACAGAGCUGGGAAAAAGCAAUUCGUCAGGCUCUCAUGCCUGUCACCCCUCAAGCAAGUGUUUGCACUUCUCCAGGGCAAGGGAAAGAUCACAAAGAUUUGUCUACCAGUAUCUCUGUAUCUAAUUGUCAGAUCCAGGAGAAUGUGGACAUCAGUACCAUCUACCAGAUCUUUGCAGAUGAGGUGCUUGGUUCAGGCCAGUUUGGCAUUGUUUAUGGAGGAAAACAUAGAAAGACUGGAAGAGAUGUGGCUAUUAAAGUAAUUGAUAAGAUGAGAUUUCCCACAAAACAGGAAAGUCAGCUCCGUAAUGAAGUGGCUAUUUUACAGAAUUUGCACCAUCCUGGGAUUGUAAACCUGGAGUGUAUGUUUGAAACCCCAGAACGAGUCUUUGUAGUAAUGGAAAAGUUGCAUGGAGAUAUGUUGGAAAUGAUUCUGUCCAGCGAGAAAAGUCGGCUUCCAGAACGAAUUACUAAAUUCAUGGUCACACAGAUACUUGUUGCUUUGAGGAAUCUACAUUUUAAGAAUAUUGUGCAUUGUGAUCUAAAGCCAGAAAACGUGCUGCUUGCAUCGGCAGAGCCAUUUCCUCAGGUGAAGCUGUGUGACUUUGGUUUUGCCCGCAUCAUUGGUGAGAAGUCCUUCAGGAGGUCUGUGGUGGGAACACCAGCAUACUUGGCACCAGAAGUUCUUAGAAGCAAAGGCUACAACCGCUCUCUGGACAUGUGGUCAGUGGGAGUCAUUGUCUAUGUGAGCCUCAGUGGCACGUUUCCUUUUAAUGAAGAUGAAGAUAUAAAUGACCAAAUCCAAAAUGCUGCAUUUAUGUACCCACCAAAUCCAUGGAGAGAAAUUUCUGGUGAAGCAAUUGAUUUGAUAAACAACCUACUUCAGGUGAAGAUGAGAAAACGUUACAGUGUUGACAAAUCUCUUAGUCAUCCCUGGCUACAGGACUAUCAGACUUGGCUUGACCUUCGAGAAUUUGAAACUCGAAUUGGAGAACGUUACAUUACACAUGAGAGCGAUGAUGCCCGCUGGGAAAUAUAUGCAUACACAAACAACCUUGUAUACCCAAAGCACUUCAUCAUGGCUCCCAAUCCAGAUGAUAUGGAAGAAGAUCCUUAAGUAUCAAAGAGCUAACUUCAGUAAGGAUGGAUUUCAUUUAUGAACUGACACUUGGCUGCACAGCUGUUGUUCUUUAUAGGUUGUCAUCUGAAAGGAUGCAAAGACACAAGGAAGUAUAAGGAAUCGGUGACACCAGUACAGUAGUGCAUAGUGAGUAGGUACAGGAGGGGAAACUGAGUAAUAAAACCCAUAAUGGAAUCAAGACAAAGCUUUUUAUAAACUUUUAUAACAUAACCAAUAACUUUUUUCCCCCUUACUCUUAGUACAAUAGUGGCACUUAAUUUAUCUUCCCUUUCCUGUUCUUACAUUAUUUAAAAAGGAAAAAAAAGGAAAGCCAGGGUCCAAUUACUGCAUACAAGAACUGUGAGGUCGGAUACUGUAAGAUUUGCAUUUAGGGGAUCACUGAAAGACUCCAGUGUUACAAGGACUUCAGACAUCUGGGUAACUGAUCACAAAGGCAUUGAGCAGCUCUUCUUAGAUGCCUAGAAAAGGGAGGGUGGGGCUGUUUUACCUUUUGUUUUGUUUUCUGCUCAAUCAGGAUUCCAAAACACUGAUUCUUAACUUCUUGGAGUUGCAACUCUGAGUAUGCUCUACAAAUAAACUUGUCAUCUUUUGAGUGUUGUUAACACCCUUUAAGAUAAUUUGGGGCAAGUGAUGUUGCCAAGCUAGGAUUGGGAACUGCUGGUCUAAGUGCUGUGCUUCAAUACGUCUUCUCAGACAGAGCUCAGCCUUGCUGCUGCUCACGUCCCCACUGACGCCCUAGAUGCACAGUUGGAUUUCAGCAUUCAGUGAGUGCAGAUCUGAAACUUAAUUAUGCAGUUUAUCUUUACACUGGGUUGGUUAAUUUGAGGGAGAAAGUCAAAUACACACAAAACAUAAGGCCAGCACAGGGUCAGUUAAUGCUAAAGCAAAGAAAAGCCAACCGUAUCCUUUUAUACUUCACUUCACCUGUUGGAGACUUUACAGAUACUGGAAGCAUGGGGGUGGGAAGCUGGAGCAGGAACGUUUGUAAGGAUGGGGCCAUAUUACCAGCAGAGUAAAUGAAAGAAUGAAACCAGCAUUUUUUUUACAUCAGCUCCAGCAGCCAGCUAAAUUUUUUUCUAUACACAGUUUAUGAGAUUAGACUCAUUCGUAACUCUUUAAAGUGGUUACUAAUAGCUUUUCCCUCCAAAAAGUUUAAGAUCUGGGACCAUCCAUUUGUAAGAAAUCUAGUGGCUUUUUGUUUUAUCAUUCCUGAGUAAUCAUUGUAAACCUUUUUUAACUCCAAGAGGUAUAACGUAAAGAGCAAAAGAUUUGGAGUCAGAAAAUCUGGGUUUAAGUCUUGGCUCCAUUAUUUAGACAAUCUGUCUGAGCCUCGAGUUCCUCAGUCUGUAAAAUGAAGGUAAAAAUCCUGGCCUCUACCUUCCUCACAGGGGGUUGUGAAGAUCCCAUAUGUAUGGAUGUAUUCAGUGAAGUGAAAACCAUGAAAGUGUUAACUGUCAGUGCCCACUGAAUUUGAGGUAGUGAAGGAAAAAAAUGCUCCUGUAUAUGAAAGUUCCAGUAUAGACUAGAGAGCCCUUAGGGAUCACUGAAGCUACUUCCUUAUCUAGAGCUAAAAAUAUCCUUGAGAAAAUGAUAGCAGACACUUCAAUGCAGUGCUCCUAUAUUCUAAGCCCUUUACAUGUUUGAAACUCAUUACCCUCACAACGGCCAUGAGGUUUAGUACAUUAUGAACCCAUCUUACAGAUAAGGAAAUUGAGGCACAGGGAAAUUAAGUAACUGCUUGCCGGAGGUCACACAGUUAAUAUAUGGAUUUGAACCCCAGCAGUGUGGCUGCAGAGUCCUCUUAACCAUUAUGCUGUGCUGCCUACACAUAAACAUCUCCCAGCCACAUGGCACAGCGUUUCUCAGUAAUUUGUUCUUAUGUAGGAGUUAUAAAAAUUAAACCAAAUUAACUUGGAAAAAAAGGUUUUAGAGGUGUAUCUUCCAUGUGGUAAAGGAUGACGCCUCCAGAUUUCUCCAAAGUUAAUCUCUUUACGUCAACGUGCACAGAAUGGAGUAAUUCUGGGCCACUUGGCACCCUACUGGCUUUACUGCGUACGGUGAUAAUUAACUGGAAAGAUGUGCAUUUGCUGUACUUAAAUAACCCAACUUUACAAGCCAUGAAAUUAAUUGCACUCUUUGUUAAUGUUAAAUGCUUAAGUUUUCUUAAAAAAUUUGUAAAGUCACUGUCAGAUACUUUGGAGUUGAGAAUAUACUGUAUAACCUGCAUACCCUUUUUUUGUCUUGAAGUCAUUUGUAUAAGAAAUAUUUGUUUGCUAGAAACAUUUGAUAAUGUAAAAAGUAGUCUAUAAUGACACUGUUUAGUACAUUUUUAUAUUUUUUGUUACAUCCCACUUUUUGUAAAUAUCCUCAAAGAAACUUGGUAAUAAAAUGUAUUUCCAUAUCACCAUAUACUUUUCCAUGUGAAACCCUGAGCCUAUGUCUAGUAGAGGUAUCCAAAGAAAAUUUUAUUUGGUUGUGUUACUCACCCAGGCCUUGGAAAUAGAACCAUUUUGGAAACUGUAUUUGUAAAUGGAACUAACGCUAUAUUUAAGAAUGCUUUUUUUAAAAAAAAUCUGUCUAAAAUAAAAAAAACUCAGUAUUAUGGUUUUAUACUAAGUUUAAGGAAAUUACCUGAGGUUUCAUUUCUUGGAAUGAAAGUUUUUAAUAAUUAUAACUAUAAAUUUUUCAGAAGUACCACUAAAAAUUCAACUAGUACAACUACUAGUUUAGAUUUAGAGAAGUUAAACACCUAAUAUCAAAAUGAAUUUUCUAGGUUUUAAGAUAUAAGGCAUUACCUAAUUCUUAAUCCUUAAUUAUAAAAACUAUACUUAUUUGGGGUAGGGAGGCUGCGUCUGUGAGUAUUUUCAUCUUCCAAAAAUUCUUCCAACCAAGUCUUUGAAAAAAGAAAUAUGGAAACAGACCAAGAGUAGCUGGGAAUGGUCCAAGGCUGGACAGCGUUUGAAAAACAAGUGUUUCCUCUUCCUUAGUUUGGCGUGAGAUACAGAAGGCUAGUCCUGUUCUCAGUUAAGCAAAAGAAGCAAUAAAAAGUAACAGCUCCUUGCUCCUCCAAGGAACUUCCAAUAAAGCCUUUUUGUUCCAAGACAUAUGGCUAAUAUUCUUUUCCGUUAAUCUCCCCUAUAAAUGUAUGUUGCUAGUAUAACAGUUCCUGAGAAAGCCCAUGUUUCCAAUAUUAAUAAAGUUCUGUGAACCAAAAAAUGAGAAAUACAUAUAGAAUUAAAUUUUUAACAUUAUUUAGAGGCAAAAUUAGCUCUAUUUAGAAAAUUAUUCCUCCUUGAUAACCUUACUCACCUCAAAUACACUAAUUUUGUUUUUAAUUAUAAAAUUCACAGAUACAUAUGAGAAAAAAUUCAGAUACCACGAAUUUGGGGUGAAUCAAUCAAAAAAUAUGUCUCUCCCCACCCCUCAACCCCACCUCCAGAUUGGGAAAUUUAAUAGUGAUUAAA